GCAAACUUGCUAUGGCCGGGAAGGACCACGUUAUUUCCAUUGAGGGAUUUUUCAGAAGAGAAGCCGGUGCCUGUGAAACAAGCAGCGCCGUCACUGAGGAUGCCCAGACGCACAGCAUUUCUAUCGAAUCUACUUCUACUAACCUGGAGGCAAAGAUUAACACAGUAAUGGAGGCAAGAAAAAAGGUGACACCAUCCCCAGCACCAAAGAUACGAAAGGUUAUAUUCGUGCUGCGAGAUCACAAGGAUUUCAAGACGCACUAUGAGCCAAAAGCAGUAUCACUUGGUCCUAUCCAUCAUGGUAUUGACAAGUACCAGCUAGGAGAGCAGUACAAGCUUGUGUUGACAUAUGAGUUCGUCAAAGGUAGCAAAGAGAAGAUAAACUACUUGUAUAAGAAGAUUGGGAAGAAAAUCAAUGAACUGAGGGACUGCUUCGAGAAGGAAGUGACAAAGAGUUUUGAUGAUGAGGACCUCAUUUGGCGGUUGUUGGUCGACGGCUGCGCAAUACUACAAUACAUAUACUACGCAGCUAAGAAUAAGUUCACAGAGUUGAAUAUAAAACCAGACAGCAUAGCCUUUACACGACAGGAUUUGUUUUUGCUUGAGAACCAGCUUUCUUAUCGUCUGCUCAAAUGGUUGAUGAGCUGGAGUGAGAAUGAAGCUGACUUGAAGGAAUCGAUUGACACUUACAUUGAUAGUCACGUUACGGUACCACUACCGGAGGAUCACUCAUCAUCAAAGAAAAAGAAGGAUCAUGGAGAUCAUGUACAUGCCAUCCAUCUUCUUGAUCUUCUAAGGACACGUCUCGUGCAUAAGCAUCAACAAAAAAGGCCAGGGAAGUCAACAAAACACGUCUCUAAGGACAUGUCUUUGCAAUCCUAUCGCAAUGUUCAAGAGCUUCGAGCAGUAGGUAUUCAUGUGGAACGUAGUAAAAAGGAAAAUAGUUGCUUGAGUGACAUUUCUUUUACUGCACUCGGUUGUUUGGGAUUCCUUUGGCUUCCUCCAAUAACUGUGGAUGACUCAACAAGGCCAAAGUUUUUGAACUUGAUAGCCUACGAGAUGUGUCUAGAUUUCCAAAAUGACUUUGAGAUCACCUCUUACAUAUCCUUCGUCGAUUCACUAAUCGACGAAGCCAAUGAUGUUAAGAUGUUAAGGAAAGCAGGAAUACUCUAUAAUUGCCUUGGUAGUGAUGAACACGUGGCUAAACUCUUCAAUGAGAUUGGUACUGGCUUGGUUCCUAACAGCGAAAUAUAUAGCAAUGUCAGAGUGCAAAUUCAGAAGCACUACAAGAACCAGUUGAUGACCUGGUUGGCUCAAGUCUGUCACGACCAUUUCAGCAGCCCCUUGGCGUUCUUGGCAUUCUUUGGCGCAUUGUUAGCACUUGCUCUAAUUGUCAUUCAGACCUGGUAUGCUGUCAAACCUACUCCAGGACCCUGCUAUAACUUCUGCAAGAAUUUUACUCGAAACUAA